AUGGCGGACCAGGCUCCCAAUGACCCUCCAAACGGAGCUCCUUCCAGAUUCGUCCAUCAAGAUGUGAACAAGCUCGGCAUUGCUUCAGCCGUGCUGAAAGCAAUCGCUGCUGCAACAGGUCGUGCCUUCGCUUCUCCCUUCAAAGGCCCCAACGGUGCGAGCACCUACUUCAAAGACAUCGCCGUCGCCGCUUUCCGCACACACCUCGGUAACCUCAGCCUUGCCCAAGAUCGCUACCUAAGCAGCACGACGUCUACGCCUGUUUAUCUGCAGCACUGCACGUCUCGCAAACUCACACCUUCAUCUAUAACCCUACCCAGCGGCACACAGGCGCACUGGCUCGGCAACAAAGACGCUCCUAAGGUCCUCGUAUACCUCCAUGGUGGAGGGUAUGUGCUGCCUUGCACUGCAGGGCACAUGCUCUGGCUGGACGAUCUGCAGAAUGGUCUAGGACCAAAUGUCAGCGCGCUCUUGCUAGCAUACGACCUGGCCCCCGAGGCUACAUACCCAACCCAACUGCGGCAAGCUGUCGAGCUCUUCCGGCACCUCACCGAGACUGAGGGCCGGAAUCCGGCAGACAUCAUCGUGGCCGGGGACUCUGCAGGCGCCAACCUGGCACUUGCUCUGCUCUCGCAUAUCGCACAUCCUCAUCCCGAAAUCGCGGAGCUGAAGCUGAACGGGAAGCUUCAUGCUGCCAUGCUUAUCUCGCCUUGGUGCAGUCUGACGCAGAACCACACCUCAGCGCAUGUACGCAACGCUGAGAGGGAUAUGUUCGACUCCCGCACACUUUCACGCUGGGCGACGGCAUUCCUGAACUCAACUUCACCUUUCGCUGGCGACUCCUAUUCAGAACCUGUCCUUGCGAGUUCAGAAUGGUGGGAGUCCGUCGCCGGUGUCGUCGAUGAAGUGCUGAUUUGGGGUGGCGAGAAUGAGAUUCUCAUUGAGGGCAUCGAGGCUUUUGCAAAGAAGUUUAGUGUUGGGUUUAGGAGAAGAGGAGGGCAUGUGAACGUCGUGAUUACAGAGGGAGCAAUGCACGAUGAGAUGAUCAUGGAGAGAGUGUUGGGAUAUAAAGGCGACUCAGGGACUGGAAGUCAGGGAGUGCUCGAGCAAUGGGUCAAGGCAAAACUUUGA